UCUAUUUCAUCGUCCAAUCUAUCCUAUCUCCUCCCCCCCUCUCUCUGCAGAUUACUGCAGGCUUACAAGCCACCGCCUUUACCUUGCCUCCCUAAAUCUCCAUUGCAUAAAGAAAUUAUCUUCCUCCCAUCCCCUUCCCCUAGCGAUCAUCAUUUAUACGCAUAUUCCCUUGUAUUCUCAUUCUUUCCCUCUAUGUCCGUCACUGGUGUGUUUCUCUAAGAGCCCGUAGCGCAAAAGGCUUCCGAUCGUCACAACUGUUUUUCAUACGGUUCACCCAUCUCAUCAGUUGCCUUCUUUGGAGGUGCUUAUCGAUCCAACCACGAAAUUGGUAUACCCUUGAGAAGCCUGAGUACCUGGGAUCAGACUGGGGAAGUGGAAUUUUGCAUGGGGACAUGACGCCUAGACUGCGAAGUGGAGCGAGGAAGCCUGUAAUGAGACAGAAAGGACUCGGUGAACCAAUUCCAGUUUUGGGUGCUCUUGAUCCUUCUUCUGUUCCUGCAGCAAACAAACCUACUAGACGGACAGCUGGAAGAGGGAAAAAUUGUGAUGCUAGUUCCCCAGGUUUAGGAAAGAUUCCUUCGGCGAAAAACAUUGGCACAAGACAAAGAGCUGCUGGUCGGGGAAGGGGAGUUAAAUUGGCCAACCAGGACGAGGAUUUUCCUGGUCAAGCUGAUCGCGUCCAAGGAGUUGGUUUGGAUCAGAAAAUGGAAGAACGUAGUGCAGAUAAGUUAGUAGCUGAGGAGGAAGGAAGCACAGCCCCAUUACCUGAAAGGGUGCAAUUUGGAAACUCACCCGUUUAUAAGAUAGAAAGAAAGUUAGGAAAAGGUGGCUUUGGUCAAGUUUAUGUUGGCAGAAGGGUAAGUGUUGGGACAGAUAGAACAGGAUCCGAGGCCCAGGAGGUUGCUUUGAAGUUUGAGCAUUGCAAGAGUAAGGGUUGUAACUACGGUCCUCCUUAUGAGUGGCAAGUGUACAGCACUCUUAAUGGCUGUUAUGGAUUGCCUUUGGUCCAUCAUAAAGGGCGGCAAGGGGAUUACUAUGUUAUGGUCAUGGACAUGCUUGGUCCCAGCCUCUGGGACGUCUGGAAUUCUUCUAAUCAGGCGAUGUCAACUGAGAUGGUUGCGUGCAUAGCUGUUGAGGCAAUAUCUAUAUUAGAGAAGCUUCACUUGAAAGGCUUUGUGCAUGGAGAUGUUAAACCAGAAAAUUUUCUACUUGGUCAGCCUGGGACAGCUGAUGAAAAGAAGCUAUUUCUGGUUGAUCUUGGAUUGGCAUCAAGAUGGAAGGAUACAUCAUCUGGUCAUCAUGUUGACUAUGAUCAAAGGCCUGAUGUUUUUAGGGGGACAAUAAGGUAUGCAAGUGUUCAUGCUCAUUUAGGUAGGACAGGCAGUAGAAGAGAUGACCUUGAAUCAUUAGCAUAUACACUAAUUUUUCUUCUAAAAGGAAGGCUGCCUUGGCAAGGUUAUAUGGGUGAUAACAAAAGUUUUCUUGUUUGUAAGAAAAAGAUGGCCACCUCACCGGAGAUGCUUUGCUGUUUUUGUCCUUUCCCAUUUAAGCAAUUUCUUGAGAUGGUGACAAAUAUGAAAUUCGAUGAAGAGCCAAACUACCAAAAGCUGAUAUCACCUUUUGAGCAGAUUAUUGGAUCAGAUGCAUCAUUGAGACCUAUCAGGACUGAUGGAGCUCUUAGGAUAGGGCAGAAAAGGAGCCGUCUAGUUGUUGAACUAGAGGAUGAUGACCAGCCAAAAAAGAAAACACGCUUAGGCACACCAGCCACUCAAUGGAUCUCAGUUUACAAUGCUCGCCGUGCUAUGAAACAAAGGUAUCACUAUAAUGUUGCUGAUUCAAGGCUUCAUCAGCAUGUAGAGAAAGGAAACGUGGAUGGCUUGCUUAUUAGCUGUGUAGCUUCUUCAUCCAAUUUGUGGGCCAUUAUAAUGGAUGCAGGAACAAACUUUUCUUCUCAAGUUUAUGAGCUGUCAGCUCUAUUCUUGAACAAGGAAUGGAUUAUGGAACAAUGGGAAAAAAACUACUACAUCAGUGCAAUAGCAGGUGCUAACAAUGGCUAUUCCUUGGUUGUGAUGUCAAAAGGAACAUCGUACACUCAACAAUCCUACAAAGUUAGUGACUCUUUUCCUUUCAAAUGGAUCAGCAAGAAAUGGAAAGAGGGAUUCUUUGUAACUUCCAUGACAACUGCUGGAAACCGCUGGGCUGUUGUCAUGUCUCGUAGUGCUGGUUAUUCUGAUCAGGUUGUCGAGCUUGACUUCCUAUACCCUAGCGAGGGAAUUCAUAGAAGAUGGGAGAGUGGCUAUCGGAUAACAGCAACUGCAGCAACAUCUGAUCAGUCUGCAUUUAUUCUAAGCAUCCCAAAAAAGAGAAUAGCAGAUGAGACCCAAGAAACCUUGCGAACUACAGCUUUUCCUGGUAUUCAUGUCAAGGAGAAAUGGUCCAAAAAUCUUUACAUUGCAUCUGUAUGUUAUGGAAGAACAGUAUCCUGAGAUUUGUUUCAGUGACAACAUCAAAUCAGGUAAGAAACUGAUAUUUCUGGCAAUCUUUUUGUCUUCUCAUAAAGCUGUCUGUCUUAAUGAAUGGCUGUUAAAGGGAUGUAGUAUGAGUUAGCCCUCGUGAACAAUUCAUCUUUGUACUGAAGUAAAUAUCCAAUAUCAACGAAUCCAAAAAAUGUAAUCUUUUUCAAGAGAAAUCUGAAAUAGAGAAUUCUUCCCCCGUGCUUAUCAUA